AUGGCGGCACCGCCUAAUUUUGACUGGAGUGCUCCCGCUAUUCUGGCGGAAGUCGACGCGAUACUUGCCCAAACCACGAGAGUUUGGAAUUUGGUAGGCGAGAUACCAUUAGAAAAUGUCACGUUUGAGAAUACUAUCCUCCCAAUCGCACAAGACGAGAAUGAACAUCUUCGUCGAUAUUAUGUGGUUGGAUGGUUUGCGUCGGUCACCUCAAACGACGAAAUUCGAGCCGCAUCAAAUGAGGCGCGGAAAAAGGUGCUUGCCUUCCGCAAGAGCCUAUGGGGACGAGAAGAUAUAGCCGAAGCCGUGUUGGAAAUUUGGAGCGACCAGCAAAAAGGGUCUCGCCUAGGUGCUGAAAACAUGAUCUAUUUGAAUGUGCUUCGGCAGAAGUUUGUCGAUAGUGGUCUCGCUCUGAAGGAUCGCAAAUCUGUCUCCAGAUUGGCUGAUUUAGAGAGGGAGAUCAAAGAAUCCGGGUCCGAGUAUAUGAAAGCGCUGGAUGGAAAGCAGGGCUUGUGGAUGACGCUUGACGAGUUGCAAGGGGUGCCAGAAUCGGCCGUGCUGAGGUGGGAAGCGGACCAGGACAAACGAUUCGUUCCACUGAAAGCUGCGACGUUUGAAUUACUACUCGACCAUGCCGAUCGGGAGGAGACUAGGAAGAAAUUCGAAAUUGCGUUUGAUAACCGGGCGAAGGACACAAACCCGGCGCUGCUACAUCGCAUUUUGGUUCUGAGAGAUGAGCAGGCUCGGCUUCUAGGAUACAAGCACUACGCUGAUUGGCUCGCAGUGACCCGAAUGAUGUGUCCCGAUCGUGCUGUCGCUUUUCUUGAGGAUGCUGCAAAAGUCCUCUCCGGUCCUGUCAAAUCUCGCUUAGAUGCAUUUAUAGGAAUCAAGGGUUCUCAGCCCCGCGAAAACGGCUCUCCUACUUCUCAGCUGGACAAGAUCUAUACAUGGGACUCAUACUACUAUGAGCGACUCUGCCGCCAGCAGGAAUAUGCUGUUGACGAGGCGGCCAUACAGCAGUACUUUCCUUUUGAUCAAGUGCUGGACCGGGUUCUUCAAAUACAAGGAGCAGCCUUUGGAUUCAAGUUUGAAAAGGUGAACGCGCAGAAUUCAAGAGAUGUGUGGCAUGAAGACGUCGAAAUGUAUAAAGUUUGGAAAGAAGAGGGGCAAAAAGAGUUUGCCGGACAUUUUUACGUCGACGCUUACGCAAGAGACUUUAAAUUUGGGCAUCGCGCCCAUCUGGCCGACGAUGGAUCAAGGGUCUACCCCAACUCCAUUUACCUUGCAAAUUAUGCGAAGCCAUCAAGUCCCGGCGAGUCUGUGCUUCUGACAUUUAGAGACGUCGUCUCUUGUUUCCACGAGAUUGGGCAUUCCUUUCACAACUUUUCGAAAACCACCAAGUUCUGGGUCCUUGCCACUGUGGCCAGAGAUUUUGUGGAAACCCCGAGUAUCUUGCUUGAGCAUUUCUUUUGGCAUAUGGCUGUAAUCCGCUUCCUUUCAGGCCGUCGCACCGCCGACGGCGAGGAAGAAAAGUUACCAGACAGGAUCAUCGAGCAGCUCAUCUCAUCGCGCUUUGCCGGAGAUAUCAUGGCAAAGAGCCGACUGGUUCGCGACGGCCUUGCGGAUCUGCGCAUGCACAUGCCGGAGAACCAUGAAGAAGUUGUCGACAUGGACCCUGUGCGGUACUAUAACUGUAUGAGGAGAGAGAUAUGCCAGCUGGCUGGUCCGGAGGAUGCAGGCAUGGAUCAAGACAGCAGCAAGGCCAUCUCACGGUUUAGGUACCCCAUCCUUUACGCUGCAUCGUACUAUGCGUACUUUUUGGCUGGCGCCAUCAGCUACGAUUUGUUCGAAACAAAGUUCCGGCCCUUGAUGCCGGCCACUGACGCGGUAACCCUAGAGCAACUCAUAAACGCCGAGCUCAAGAAGGAAUCCAGAGGCUGCAACAGCUGCAACAGCUGCAACUACUUCAACUUGAACAUCUUCGCAACUGCGGCCAUAUCUUCUACUUUCUCGCCCGCGCCAACCAUGGAGGCCUCCCGCCAGCCAAUCCAAGACAAUGAUUCUCACACGGCCACGCUCACUCCGCGUGCCGUAGCGUGCGGCAUCCUACUGGGCAUCGUCGUGUGCCUCGCAAACAUGUAUUUCGGCCUGCAAGCGGGUAUGGUUAGCCCCAUGCCGAUGCAGAGUGCCCUACUCGGAUUUGCUAUCUUUCAGAGCAUACGUUCACGCCUCUCCAAGGCCCUGACGCCAGCAGAGACUACCCUCAUUGAGGUCAUCGCUGGAUCUCUCGGCCUCGCGCCCUUUACCUUGGGGCUCACGUCAUUCAUCCCCGCCCUCGAGUUUCUCACCAAUCCAGAGGAGAAUGGCCCGUUCAAGUUUACCAAUGGCCAGCUGCUGCUCUGGGCCAUGGCUACGUGUGGACUGGGCAUCAUUGCCGCUGUACCCUUCCGAAGACUGCUCAUCUUGAGAGAAAGCCUCCCUUAUCCAUCAGCGACUGCCACCGGAGCGCUGAUCGGCAUUCUUUUCAAACGACCAGCUAUCAUUGCUCGAGCUAAGCAGACGCAGAUGCGGCCCUGUGCAUCGCGAGUCUCACACAUCAGUACCGUGUAUGGUGAGAGGGACGAGGCAGACCCGGGCGGCGACACUGAACGCCUCCUCGGUGAGAACUCUCGGCACGGAGAAGACCAAGGCUUAGGCCGGGAUGCGAAUCGGCCUGCCCUCCGGAUGCUGCUGUAUGCUUUGGCCGCUUCUUUAUCUUUUGGCUUCAUUGCCUACUUCCUCCCUAUUCUUCACCGCGUACCCAUCUUUGGCCUUAAUGCUGCUAGUCACUGGAUGUGGGCGUUUGACCUAUCUCCUGCCUAUAUCGGCUAUGGUAUCGUUAUUGGACCUAGUAUCAACGCCUACGUCCUUAUCGGAGCAGUUGUUGGUUGGGGUAUUCUAUCUCCGGUGGCCAAGCAUCGUGGAUGGGCUCCUGGCCAGAUGACUGACUUUGAAAAUGGCCCACGCGGUUGGAUUCUCUGUGUCGGAUUAGGAUUCAUUCUGGGGGACACUAUCGUUGCGGUAGGAUGGAUCUGCUCCAAGUCAUUCAUAUGUUAUGCUCGUCGAUGGGUCAGCAACAUUGUACAGCGAAAACAGCUCUCCUCGAGUCGCGACCAACGAGACGGUACGGAAACACCGCUGUUGCGCGAGUCUAACAUUAAUGCGCCGACGGGAUAUAGUAGAUCCCGUUAA